CACACUCAGUGAUCAGGAGCACUCUGAUCAUACAAAGACAAGCAGAGGCCCACUCUCAUGUUGAGGGGUCAGAUCCCACUCCCUUGCUUGUGUUUUGUCUCGGCCUGUGGAGGAAAACCUCCAUAUUGGAUGCUGGGGAAAGCCGACAAAUGAAAGCGCACAAGGACAUGCUGAGUGAAAAUGAUGAUCUGUGGCGCUCAUGUGGGCGGGACAUGAGACUCAAACAAGAGAACAGCAGCAGAAACUUUCUCUCCCUCCUGGUUAUUUUCCACAGCACCUCAUCUGAGCAUCUGAACAUGAACCACCUAAAUAAACGGGAUGAUGAUGGUCACUGAAGUCACCUGUAGACACCUGUGGUAAUGAGCUCACCAGACGAGGAAACCACUCCACGAUAUGAACCGGGUCUGAAAAGAGUGAAAUACAUGAAUGCUAUGGACGAGUCAGUGAGGAGAGCUGUGGCUGAUUCCCAGCUCUUUCAAGAGGCGUGAAGGAGGCUUCAGACAUCACCAGCUUCAGGAUGCAGCUGCUCAAACGCCGGUACAAAGCAUCGCACGGGUAUUUGAAGCUGCUGCUGCUGCUGCUGCUGCUGCCUCUCGAGUCUUGCCAACAUCAAGGUGCAGGAUCCUCAGGAGACGUGCAGGUAUGGAUAAACUUGGCCACAGCCUGGAACUGGAAGUGCUGGCAGGAGUGAACACCACCUCCUUGAGUGGUUUCUUCCAUGGUGACCCUCCAGUUCCCCCACCUCAAAUGGUCGGUGAGGCGGGAGGCAACUCAAAGGUCACCCACAAACCCCGGAACGGUGGCUAGUUUGCUGUGGCCACCUGUGGCUGACGUGGCCGAACAACCCCCGGACUUAACUUCCGUUGAACUUUGGCUGGAAAACAACAGGGAGACUGGUGUGGAAGAAAGGAGAAGUUGCUCCAGAGUGACACGGUCCCGUGAGGAUGGCUCGCUGCGACCGCAGCGUUCAGAGCCUGCUGGCGGUGGUGGGGGCUUUCGCUGCCUUUAGUCUCAUGAGCAUCGCCAUCGGCACCGACUACUGGCUCUACUCCCGGGCGCACAUCUGUAACGCGACGAACGUCACCGCAGACGAGACGCAGAUGCAGAGCAAGAAAGUCAAGGGAGACCUGACCCACUCGGGACUGUGGCGAAUCUGCUGCAUCGAAGGGAUCAACAAGGGAAGCUGUUUUCGGAUCAAUCAUUUUCCGGAUGACAACGACUACGACACUGACAGCUCGGAGUACAUCUUACGCAUCGUCAGAGCGUCCAGCCUCUUCCCCAUCCUCAGCACCAUCCUGCUCAUGAUGGGGGGUCUGUGCGUGGGGGUCGGUCGGAUCUAUAGCAGAAGGAACAACAUCCUGCUCAGCGCUGGAAUCCUGUUUGUAGCAGCAGGCCUGAGCAACAUCAUCGGCAUCAUCGUCUACAUCUCCAGCAACACUGGGGAUCCCAGCGACAAGAAGGACGAGGACAAGAAGAACCAGUACAACUACGGCUGGUCCUUCUACUUCGGCGCACUCUCCUUCAUCGUGGCAGAGUCGGUGGGCGUCCUUGCCGUCAACAUUUACAUCGAGAAGAACAAAGAGUCGCGCUUCCGGGCCAGACGGGACUUCAUCAAAUCGUCGUCCUCACCUUACUCCCGUAUACCCAGUUACCGCUACAGACGAAGGCGGUCACGAUCCAGUUCCAGGUCCUCCGAUCCGUCCAGGGACACGUCUCCAGCGGGCUUGAAGACGGCAGAGGGGACGAGCAGUGGAGUGGGAAGGGCUCCGCCGUUCGGGGAUCUGUCUUUGUACGCGCUCAGCAGGGACGCUUUGAAGGUGGGAAGCGGGAACGUUGGACCCUACAGUCCAGAGAAGGACUUCCUUCAAGUGCACAACUGCUUUCAGAAGGAGCUGAAAGAUGGUGUGAACAGGAGGACCACGCCCGUAUGAGCCUGCGAUGAUGAACAUAAUCCUCCUGUGGGUUCUUGAGUCUCCGUCACUGCUGCGGAGAGCUCACGCCAAGAUAAGACUUCAAAGUGUGAAGGGAUUCAUUUUUCUGGCUGAAGACUUUAGAGAGAUUGAAGCAAAUAUAUGGAUUAUAAUACUUUCAACUUAGGCAUCUGUCUUGUAUCAUGUGUUAUGGAAUUUAUGAUAUAGAGGAAGAUUGUGUGUUUAUAUAAAACUGCCACGAUCAUCUGGUGCCAUAUUUUUAUCUGGGCGGGGCUUUAUCCUCCAAUAAAAAUAGAUCAUAUCAGUAAAAUUCUGGGCAAAGAUUUUUGAUUUUGUUGUCAUUCAUAAUUUAAUAUGUCCCUGCUUUUUAAGCGGGGUAGUGGCUGUCCCAUCAAACUGGGGCGAGAGGCAGUGGACCGUAGCUUUUUUCAUGACACAGUCUCUCAGGUGCUUCUUGUCUCUUGAUGUGUGGUUUCUUUAGAAACAGAACAUUAAAAUCUCCAGUCAACUCACCUGUCAGUCAAAGCAAAGCACGACGGUCAGUACCACCAUGUUUCGCAGCACUGUGGGGCCUUUGAAGGCCAUCACCAAGGUGGUGUGGAGAUCAGGUACAUUACAGCGGGAGGGAGUGUAGCCUGUCCAACAUGUAGCAAUGUAUUCCAGAUGUUAUUUUUAAAAGCUGUAUCUUAAACUCUGAGGGGUCUCAUGUAUUAUGUAUGCUUUAAAUAUGAAUUCAUUUACUGGUGCUAACUUGAUGUGUGCGCCUUUGAUCAUUUUAAACCUUCUGAACUGCCAUUCAUCCUUUUCACUGCUGCUCAGUGGCGCGUCUGAGCCGUGCGGCAUUCCUGUGUGUGAAAUGCAUAUAUUAGUUUAGAAAUCAUUCCACGUGGCACGUACUUAUCCAGUGCUUUUGUUUGCACCAACAAAGGUGUGUUGCUGUUUACUGACGCUUGGUUGAAGGUAGAGGGUUGGCUCAGGGAUGGUGUGCAGUUUCAUGAGCAGACGUGUAGCUUCAAGCGUGACUGUUUCAUGUGACUGUUCUU